CGGGCGGGCGCAGCGCCGGGUUCUCACUACUUCAGUAUCGCUCAUCCGUACACACGGAUCACUCGUGUACAGUGGUGUUAAAAAGUUAACAGAAAAAUUAACCAUGGCCAAAAGUGUAGCUAUUACGCUCGCAUUCCUCUUAGCGGUGUUCGAAAUCGGUUCUUGCUUGCGCUGUUACCAGUGCAACUCUCAAGAAGACCCGGCCUGCGCUGACCCCUACAAAAGUGCUAAGGCCCCAGUGGACUGCGCUUCUCAAGACUCCAUAAACUACAAUCAGCUGUACUUGCGUAACAUGUUGCCUCCUGAAGUCUUUGGCACCGUCGCUGGAGCCCCCAGAUAUUGCCAUAAGAUUGUUACCCAGACCGGUACCACAGUCCGCACCUGCCUGGACGCCAAUCCGGCCGACAUCAACCAUACUUGUCGUCUCAUCGAAAACUCAUCAAAGAUGGCCAGUGUUGAAAGCAAGAAGAUCAAACACUGCAGCGUAUGCGACAAGGACAACUGCAAUGGAUCGGGCACAGUGUCAUUAUCAGCACCGCUCGCAGCGUUAGCUCUCGUCGCUUCUUACCUUUACUACAAGCAAUAAUUCUGUAGACCGUACAAAAAAUAUAGAUAUAAAAAUCGCACCACGCCUAUCAUGCUUCCCGCUAAUGUCAAUCUGAAUAAUUUGAUUCUAUAUUUUCUGGAUCCUAGCGGCGGAGGUAGAUCAUUAUUAACUCUUGAUUCUGGAAGAGAGAUCUAAGUGAAGUUGAGGGGUGUUACAAAUUUCAUCCUACACUAGCUGUAUAGUAGCACAUGCAAUUUAAAUUUUUUAUGUACAGUACCGUCUACCUCCUGCGGGCUUAGAUCACACCUCGCAUUCAGGCAGCUCGGAAUUACCACUUGUAUCAAAUUUAACAAAUUUCCUUAAAUGAAGUAAUGGGCGUCACCAGUGUCUUAGAUUAACAAACCGUCCAUAAGCCGGGGUGGGAAAUUGAGCCCAAACCCCCCAUAAAUAAGGAGACGUACCUUACUCCCAGCACGAAGGACAGAUUUCGUUAAGUCCACAUAAAUAUAUGUUAAUUUUUAUAUUGUUCCAAUUUUAAAAUGAAAUUGAACAAGCAUGAUAGAUUUGUUAAGUUAUUAUAUAAGUGUUAAACUGUUUAACAACAGAAACAAAGAUAGUAAUUUCAUUCAUUACUAUAGAUAUUAAAAUGUUAUCCAAUAUUUAUAUUAUGUGUUAUAAGGUUAUAACCAUACUAUGUCAAAUAAAAUUGUGAAGUGAUAUGUUUAUUACGUGAAUUAAUAUACACAAUUAAUGUUAACAAUUAGUGGAAUCAUCUAAGGUACAAUGAUGGAGCAGUCUAUCAGAAAACAAGCAAUAUUAAAAUUAGUAUGGGAACAAUAAAAGACUAAAAUAGAUAUUACAUAAAUCCUAAGUUUUUACAACUGCAUAGCAAAACGAGGUUAUUCCUUGCCUUCUUAUCGUCAGAAUGCUAACAGAACGACUGUAGUAAUGUUAGGAAUUACAAUUUUGAGACACAUCAUUUGUCACAAAAUUGGUUUAGUGAUAUUUUUAAUAUUUAAAUCAGAAUUAAAAAGAAUGAUGCAUCAUUCUACCUUAGAUAAAUCUUAUUGUGCCUCAUAACGUCGUAAAUAUGUAUGUGAUGUAGCCGCAUAACGUUGUCAAUGAAAACAAUUGUAAUAUAAAUGUUAAAUGUUAUAGAAGCUUCUAGAAUAUGACUAUUACCGCUCGAACACAUUGACAGUGCAUUUAUUUAUUUAAUACAUAUGUUGUAUUUAACACGAUUAAAUGUUUUUAAUAAAAUUCACCAAUAAAA